AUGUUGAUCGAAGUUCACUACGGUGAAGAUAAAGUUUUGCUUGUUAAUGGAAAUUGUCGACCAAUACAUUUAUUAAAUUAUAUUCGAACUCAUUGUUCUAUAUCAGAAUCAAAAAGAAUAGAUUUAUGUGCUAUAAAUACUGGAGAACCAUUUCAGCUUUCGCCAUCUGAUACAAAAUUGGUUUCAUCUGAACAACUUUGUUUACCAUUACAUGUGCAUUGUGUAUUAAUAGAAAUCAAUUCUGACGGAGCGUGUAUUCCAUUAUCAAAUGAUCCCACACUGAUAACACAUGAAUUUUUAACCAAAUUAAAACGUGCAACAGGUUCAAAAGUUGUAUCGAAUCAAACUAUACGGCCAGCAAAACACUCAGCAAAUUCAUCGGACGAGUCUGGCAAACGAAAACAAUAUCUGAAAUCAGUAGUUAUUGCUGCUUCGAUGAUGAAAAAAAAAUAA